UAGAAUUUCAUUAACAGUUAUAGAUUGACUAAAUUAGUUUAACUUUUUCCAUUGUAUGUGUUUCAUUUUUGUCCCUUAAACCUUAGGAGUAGUGUUUUUGUUUGUUUGUUUGUUUGUUUGUUUUACUCUUCAUGGGCAUACUGGGAAAAAACUUCUAUUUGUGGAGUAAAUGCCUUCCCUUUGGCCAAAAUGGAGCAGAAUUAGAUCUUAAUAAACAUAAUUUUAUAUUAUGAUUGUUUACUGGAGUGACAUUUAUAUGGCUUCCAGAUACUGAAUUUGACAUAGUUUCAUUUUUAAAACGGGCUAAUUUUUUCCCUUAAAGUUAUAUUUUGAAUUACACCAGAGGUAGCUUAUAGCUACCUUACAUAGUUUGUAUUUUUCUCCUUCUGCUGUCUGUUCCAGGUCGAAGACAUUCUGACUUUGUAAUUGGCACAAGCUUAUAGUUCAUUUUAAAAGAAAUUUCAGGCUUUUGAAAUUACCUGGAGAUAUUUAAAAAAAAAUUAGAUGAUCGAGAACUAAACUUACACAACUGUCUUCUGAAGAUUGAUGUCUAUUUCCUUGAGCUCUUUAAUUUUGUUACCAAUUUGGAUAAGCAUGGCACAAAUCCAGCAGGGAGGUCCAGAUGAAAAAGAAAAGACUACAGCACUGAAAGAUUUAUUAUCUAGGAUUGAUUUGGAUGAACUAAUGAAAAAAGAUGAACCACCUCUUGAUUUUCCGGAUACCCUGGAAGGAUUUGAAUAUGCUUUUAAUGAAAAGGGGCAGUUAAGACACAUAAAAACUGGGGAACCAUUUGUUUUUAACUACCGAGAAGACUUGCACAGAUGGAACCAGAAAAGAUAUGAAGCUCUAGGGGAGAUCAUCACGAAAUAUGUAUAUGAGCUCCUGGAAAAGGACUGUAAUUUGAAAAAAAUCUCUAUACCAGUAGAUGCCACUGAGAGUGAACCAAAGAGUUUUAUCUUUAUGAGUGAGGAUGCUUUGACAAAUCCACAGAAACUGAUGGUUUUAAUUCAUGGUAGUGGUGUUGUCAGGGCAGGUCAGUGGGCUAGAAGGCUUAUUAUAAAUGAAGAUCUGGACAGUGGCACACAGAUACCUUUUAUUAAGAGAGCUAUGGAUGAAGGAUAUGGAGUGAUAGUGCUGAAUCCCAAUGAAAACUAUAUUGAAGUAGAAAAGCCAAAGAUACAUGUACCGUCAUCUUCUGAUAGUUCAGAUGAACCAGCAGAAAAACGGGAAAGAAAAGAUAAAGUCUCUAAAGAAACAAAGAAGCGACGUGAUUUCUAUGAAAAGUAUCGUAACCCCCAAAGAGAAAAAGAAAUGAUGCAGCUCUAUAUCAGAGAAAAUGGUUCUCCUGAAGAACAUGCGGUCUAUGUUUGGGACCAUUUCAUAGCCCAGUCUGCAGCUGAGAAUGUGUUUUUUGUUGCUCACAGUUAUGGAGGACUUGCUUUUGUUGAACUGAUGAUUCAACGAGAAGCAGAUGUAAAAAGUAAGGUAACUGCUGUGGCGUUGACAGACUCUGUUCACAAUGUGUGGCAUCAAGAAGCAGGCAAAACGAUUCGAGAAUGGAUGAGAGAGAAUUGUUGUAAUUGGGUCUCUAGCUCAGAACCAUUAGACACAUCAGUGGAGUCCAUGCUGCCCGAUUGUCCUCGAGUCUCAGCAGGCACCGACCGUCACGAGCUAACUUCCUGGAAGAGCUUCCCGUCUAUUUUCAAAUUCUUUACCGAAGCCUCUGAGGCAAAGACCAGUUCCCUCAAGCCGGCUCUGACGCGGCGCUCCCACAGAAUAAAGCACGAAGAGCUGUAAGAGGAGAACGAGCGAGACGGGGGAGGGGAAGCAAAGGCACCACACUCGAGCAUGCAUCCACACGUCUCCUAACUGCUUGUUGUCGGCGAGCAGACUCCCAGCCCCUCAUUAGAUUGUUUUCUUCCUAGAGCACAGGGUCGUGAUAUAUACAUCUAAAUAGCGUUUUGCAUUAUUUCUAGAUGAGUGCAACUGUCAAAGCAAUAUGGGUUCACUGGUCGCGCUUCCUGCGGGCUGAGCUCGGGCUACGCGCUGCCCGUCAGCGCGCAGAUUAAGGCUGACAGCGCCCUGCCCGGCGCGGCCGGCGCGCUUCUAAUUGCCCUGACGGAGCCCGCCCGGCACUGCGGGGCGAGCGGCGUCUGCGCGGUCCUACCGCCCGCUGCAGCGCAGCCGCUGCUUGCCCUGGCCCCCGGCCCCCCUCAAUCAUGUCCUUUUUUUUUUUUUUUUUUUUUUU